AUGGGCGAUUCGACCAUGAGUUUAUCGUACUCGGUACGAAUAGCAGGCGCGAUGAGCUUUCCCAAUGACCACUACUCAGAAGAUGUCGAUGAGCUCCCGGAACAGGACCUCUUUGACGAAAAUCCUGAUGACCCUGGAGUAUCUACUCUACAGGAGGAGCAUGAGCGCCCAGAAAAUAACGAUCGAGAACAAAGUGAGUUGCGGCAGAAGGAUAUAUACGACCGAUGCAGUUACAUUCUGGGCCAGCUGGAGAAGAGACAACGACGGUGGAGCGACGACAAGGAUGAGAACUUAGCAGUUGCCCUACUUGAGCCUUAUAAAAAGAAGAUUCUCAUUGAAACGGAUAAGCGCGACCGCGAACAUCCUUCAUUGCUCCAUGCGCUAGCUCGCAGGUGGAACCAGUACCAUACUGAAAACCCAAUUGUCCGAAAGGCCAUCAUCUAUAUCAUCGAGAGAGCACCCAAAAAUGGGGAGAAGGAAGCUCCUAUUUGGCUCUUGGCUGUUUCAUAUGGUCAUCUUGCAUUCAUCAAGUUCAUCAAACAGCAUUGUCCCGCCCAGCUGCCGGAAAUUCUAGCCAUGCAGGACGAUGCGGGCCAAAACUUCUUCCAUCACUUGUUUUAUCUGGCGAUACGCGACAACACAAAUCAACAACGGAAAGAGACCUUAGACAGAGCCAAAGAGUACUUCGCACAUGCGACCGCGCAGAUCCUCGCUGCACAGGACAAGGAAGACAGCAACACGCCGAUUCACUAUGCAUUGCACCCACAGCAGUGCCUAGGCCGUGGGCAGGAGUAUGUCAAGCUGGUGAAGGAAAUGAUCCAAAGGGCCGAUAAGCUGAUGGAACGAGGUGCCGAAUUCAACAGACUUGGCCAGUCUCCAUAUCAGUACUGUCUUGUCCACUCAGCCCAGCGAGAGAAGAGAUUGAACCCAUCAAAAACCCCUGUCGCAGAACCAACCGAUCUCAACCAGGAUGGGAAGCGAAACCUGGCCGAGGAGACCAAGUCGCGAGGGGCGCCCGUGGCGGCGAACGUCCAGGCCAGCCACUUCAAAAUUCCUAGCGUUCCACCCCUGAUUCCCCUGAGCCCGACUCCGCCGGGAGCCGCCAUGUCCAGAAACUCCAUGUCCAUCGACUUUGUUCCCGGGGAAUCCGCGCUCAUCAGCGUCGGGUCCAAUACCUCCAUGCCCAGGUCCGACCGUGGGCGGUCUCGUGCAACGAUUGAAGGAGGCCAACAAGGUAGCAGGCCCCAGAGCUUGGAUCACCACCUUGUUCCCCCCAACACGGGGUCCGGACUCAAACGAGCGCCAACCAACCCUUCCUUGGCGGUCACCCAGCCGGUGUCGGCAAGUCUGAUAGAUGGACCGCGUCAUGGAAUAGCGGAGGCCAAGAACCAAAAUAGAAAAGACCCCGAGCAGUCUAUGAACCACCUACUCCUACAUCUGCACAUGCACUAUAUUCGACAGCGUCCAGACUUGAUUGCGCGAGAGCUCAUAUACGGGAAACAUGCCUGCGAGCGAAACCUCUACUUCGACGCCAUCAGCCUUGAAGAAAAGGACCCUGACCGAAUCAUAGAUCUGAUUUCGCGACUAUCAGUCGGAGGAUUUGACAAAGUUCUUUCAUAUGUGCGUAUCCCCACGACCAGAUUAAGUACUUCUGCAUCAGAAGCUCCAAAGAAAGAGCUCAAAACCUAUAACAAGCGGCCAGGAGGCGUAAAGCAAGGGCCACAGUUUGGGGAAAACCCACAUCCGGGUCGGCAGUCCUUGGUUUCUGUCUUUGAUGAGCUAUUUGAGGCUGGGGUGCGGAGGAUAAUUCGCCUCUACGUUGACGACAUGAUUGUUCCGUAUCACACAGAUGCCGCAAUUGAGCGGGCUAUUGCUGGAAGAGACUCUCUGGGACUAGAAAAGCCACGAAAGGAGAAUGGGGGUCGGAUCAUGGUGGAAACAUGGUAA